AUGACGAACAGUUUGCCAGGAUAUACGUCUAAUGACGAUAGUAAUGUGUUAAGGAUAUUUAUCAUUAGACAUGGACAAACAGAUCACAAUGUGCAGAAGAUAUUACAAGGCCAUAAGGAUACAGAUUUGAAUCAGACAGGUAUUGAUCAAUCUGCUAAGUUGGGUAGUUUUUUGAAGGAGAAUAAUACAGUUUUUGAUAAAGUUAUUAGCAGUGAUUUGAAGAGAUGUAGACAAACCAUUGAGAAUGUGCUGCAACAUUCAGGACAAGAAGAUAUCUCAGUUGAGUACUACCCAGAGCUAAGAGAGAGGCAUAUGGGGGUUAUUGAGGGGAUGUAUUUAAAAGAUGCGGAGGUCUAUGCUGAUAAGCAUGGAAAGGGAUCCUUUAGAGAUUUUGGUGAGCCUGCAGAUGAAUUUUUAGAGAGGUUGACAGGACAGAUCAAAGAGAGUGCUCAUCAUGGAUCCCUUCAAGGCAAGAAAAAUAUGGCAUUGAUCAGUCAUGGUGGUUCAAUCAGAACUAUAUUGAAAUGGUUAAAAUAUGAGGAACAAAAUGCACACAAGAUCAUUGUAUUCAAUACAUCAGUUACUGUCAUUGAUUAUAUAAAAGAUAGCAAUCAGUUUAUUGUGAAAAGUGUUGGUAAUACCCGUCAUUUGGGUGAUGGAGAAUUUGUCGUUAGUGAUUUAAGACUACGUUAA